AUGAAGCCAGCCACAAACUUCAGUUUGAGUCACAAGCAUCUCCUGAGAGAUUAUACGCCAUCACCCAGCAAUGACCAUUGCAGAACCGUGGUCGUUAAUCAGCGCAUUGUUGUCACAACCAUGGCUGCAACAAUAAGUCUUUGUCUCAUCGUUUUGCUAAUCUGCAAAUGCUUUCACCGGUCAAAUCGCUCCAGAAAUCCCACCAACGUUAACCCAAGAGCACCAUCCAUCGACGACGAACUCGCAUCCAUUCCUGCCCUUGUAUAUGCAGAAUCGACGCUGCGGUCAUCGCAGCCUUCUUGUUCUGACGACGAUUCCUUGGAGCUUGAAGAACACUGCGCUAUAUGCUUGGAAGGUUACGUGCAUGGAGACAGUGUCAGGGUUUUGCCGAGUUGUAAGCACACGUUCCACAAGAAAUGCAUUGAAGAAUGGCUUCAGGUUCCAUCUUUGCGUUGUCCCAUUUGCAGGGAUCAGAUUCUCGAGCGUUGCCUGCAAUCCACGAGGUCCAAUAGCAGGAAUCAAAGGGAUGGUAUUGCUAAUCCUUUUCCAUCUCUGGCUUUCAACCUUGAUGGUAACUAUGCAUUGUAUCCAUCAGUGAUCAGCAAUUUUACCCAAACGUUUUCAAUUACUUAA